AUUUAGAAUUGGCGCUGCCGUCAUGAGCGCUCGCCGGCAGCCGCUUCCUGCGAACGCGGGCCUGAAACAGACCCCGUCGCCAAACGACACGUCCGCGGCGUGCUUGAACUUUGCCGCGCGACCAGGCACUCCAGAAUCGGUGCGGAAGUUCCGCAAGUCAUACUUCGCCGAGCCAGGCACGCGUAUCGUCCACCCUGGCUUGAUCAAUGACGUGAAGCACAUCGACGCCACGCGCAAGUUUGGCAUCACGUCCAAGAACAGCGACCACGUCGGGGAUGUCAUGCCUUCCAAGAUGCCGACGGAACAUGCAUUGAUCACCCAGCAAAAGCUUGAAGCGCUGUACUUGAGCUCGAAACGCGAGCCGUUGGGUACGACGUACUCGCGCGGCCACCAUUUUGACCCGAACACGACGUUUGGCACCCCGUCCGAGCAAAGCGACUCAGCCAAGGACGUCUUGUACGCAAUGCCGUUCAACGAGACCGCCGAAUCUAGGGCGCUGUACAAACGCAGUCAUGGCAGCAGCGAGCCUGGGGAACAGAAGAAUCGGCAGUACUUGAACGUGCCGGCAGACCUGCACAAAAUGAGGUUUGGCGCCCACAAGCGCAAGGACGAAGGCGGCGUCGACGCUAUUCUCAAUCCCGAAAUGGACGACCACGUAAGCAAAGUCGUCAUCGCUCAAAAGAACGUCGAGGAUAUGAAGAACACGAUGGACAUGCUGGGGAAGCCGCGCAACCUGGGCUUCAACCGCGCGACGAGCCCGGACCAUGUGUUUGGGCUCAAACCGGCGAGAGGCGGGCCGGACGCGGCCGUGAGCAUCCACGGAACGUACUCAUUCGAGGAGCAGCAGCCAGAUGCCGACCUGGGAAAGCCAGUCAACCGCGGUUGGAUGAAUGCUUCCGACGAACAGCGGUCGUUUGGCGUGCCAAGCAUUCGAUCGGACGUGACCCCGCCCGCCAAGAGGUCGAUAGCGGAUGCUCAGAAUUACGGCGACGAUGUGAAUGCCCACGAGCUGCUGUACCCGAAUCAGUACUCGGCCCUUGGCGUCGGCGAUGCCGAGUUCAUCACACCACGGCCCAAGCAGUUCCUGACCAACUUGUUCAACAAAAUGGGCUACGACACGCUGCCAGCGGACGAUGCCGAGCAAGUGUACGUCCGUGCGACGCUGCGAACAGACUACACGCCCAAGGGUGUGGCAAGCAUCCAGGACUUUCGAGAAGCGCUGAACGACUACUUGGACGCACGGGAUGGCGGCCCCGCGGCGCUGAGCCAGUGGAAGGCGCAGCUUUAAGGAUCAAUAUACAGAAAGGCAAAGGUUUCGCGCCAGAUUCGCCUCCACCUAGAUCAAACCCACCAGGAUGAAAUACAAGCGCCGAA